GCUUCCCCGGCCCGAUCGACUCUCACCAGCUUAUUCCUGACCGCGAUCUCACUGCGCUCGACCACCACAUCUGCUGCUAGACAUCGCCCGCUAUGAGCUACGCACAACCCCAUGCUCGCUUCUCUGUACUCUCAAACUCCUCGCUGUCGUCUGGCGAGCACCUGUCUCCCGCCGCGUCGUCGUCGCGCUUCUCGUUACCUUCUGCGCCCUCCAUCAACACCACUUCUACCCCAAAGCCGGGUGCACGCCCCAACAUCUAUGACAGACAGCUGAACAAGACAAGGACUGCUGAAGUCUCUUCUGCCGCCUUCGCGUUCUUGUUCUCGGAAGUUGUCCAGUAUACGCAGAAACGCGUCAGCGGAAUCAAUGAUCUCGAGCGCAGAUUGAACACGCUGGGAUACCGGAUUGGCACUAGAGUCCUGGAGCUCAUGUCAUGGCGAACCGAAUCGGCUUCGAAGGCCCCGAAGCGUGAAACACGAUUCCUUCCUGCCCUUAUGUCAAUUCACACGCACGUCUGGCGUGCGGUCUUCGGAAAAGCGGCGGAUGCGAUUGAAAAGAGCGUCGAGAACUCGGACGAAUAUAUGAUCAUCGACAACGACCCACCAAUAACGCGCAAUAUCUCAGUGCCUCGCGACAUGAGCUCUCUCAGCUGCUCGUCCUUCACUGCCGGCAUUGUAGAGGCCGUUCUAGAUGGCCUGGGUUUCUCCGCACGCGUCACUGCACACAACACGCCGAACGACCAAUUCCCCAACCGUACCACGAUCCUGAUAAAGCUCGAGAAGUCCGUCCUCGAGCGUGAGGAAGCGCUCAAGACGUAAUCACUCUCGCUCAGAGUCACGUACACCGAGCAGCGACCGAGCCAUGGAACCUUCUGCCCAAGCUUCCCCGGGUGGCGAUGCGGACCCACCAGGACCACCCUGGUCAAAGUCGGUAGAAUGCGCCAUAACAACGAUCCGGCAGGGCGCGACCCCUCGUCCAUCCCGCGACGUGGUUGGCUGUCAUGUCGUCCGCACAUGUAGCGUUUCCGAGCCGUUUCCUUUCUCACACCUCGGCUGCGGGCUCGGGGGUGCCCAGACCUGGGUUCUUAUGAAGGCGCGAUACACUGAUAUGUUCGGGGUUGCAUGCAUGGUGUCCGAUGGUACUACCGAAUAACUACGAGCAUUAUGCUCACAUCCCCCCUAAUCCCAAUAACCUGCCGAGAGGCCCUGUCC